AUGGCGACGGAGCGGCUGGAGGCGGCCGCGGGCCCUGGCGCGGGGGAGCUGCCGCCGCCGCCGCCGCCGCCCUACACGGCCUGGGCCCCCGCCGAGCUGCAGGCCACACUGGCCGACAUCGACGCCCCCGCGCAGGAGCUCUGGUGGGGCCAGCGGAGGGCUUCUGGCUGGAAGUCAGUUAACGUGUCAGCUCUGCAGCCGCCCACUGUGCGGGUUCUCUUGGGAUUGGUGGAGGUGGUGGUGGGAAGUUCCUCCUCUGCAAAUGGCCCCCACUCCCUGCGCUACUUCAACACCGCCGUGACAAAGCCCAGCCCGGGGCUGCCCGCCUUCAUCUCCGUGGGUUACGUGGACGGAGAGCUCAUCGAUCGCUACGACAGCGAGAUGCAGAGAGUGGUGCCGGGCGCGGCCUGGAUGGAGCAGGAGGGUCAGGACCACUGGGACGAGGAGACCCGGAUCAAUCAGGACUGUCAGGAGACUUUCCGUGUGUACCUGGACACGCUGCAGAAGCGCUACAACCAGAGUGGGGGGUAUCACACUGUGCAGCGCACGUACGGCUGUGACCUCCUGGAGGAUGGCGGGACCCGGGGGUUUAUGCAGCUUGGCUACGACGGGAAGGACUUCAUCGCCUUUGACAAGGACACGCUGACAUUCGUCACGGCGGAUGCUGCUGCGCUAAUCACGAAGAGGAAGUGGGAGGCUGAGAAUGAGCCUGAGCGCUGGAAGCACUACCUGGAGAACAGCUGCAUCGAGGGGCUGCGGAGAUACGUGGAGCACGGGAGGGCCGCGCUGGUGAGGCGCCCCAUGGUGAGAGUGUCGGCCAAGGAGAGCCACGGCUUCGUGACCCUGUCGUGCCGGGCUCACGGCUUCUACCCGCGGCCCAUCAGCAUCAGCUGGCUGAAAAAGGGCCGCAUCCAAGCCCAGGAGACCAAGCGGGGCAGCGUCACGCCCAAUGGCGACGGCACCUACCAUGCCUGGGCCAGCAUUGAGGGCCUCCCCGCAGAGAAGCACGAGUACCAGUGCUGCAUGGAGCAUGCCAGCCUGCCGGAGCCCGGCCUCUUCUCCUGGGAGCCGCCGAGCUCCCUGCUGCCCAUUGUCCUUGGGGCGGUCAUCGCUGUGGUGGUUGUCAUCGCGGUCUGGAAGAGCAGAUGGGGGAGGAAGGAGCAGGGGUACGUGAUUGCCAAAGGAAGCAAUGCCGCCAUUUAA